CCUGCUCACACUUCUUCAAAUAUCCACAGGUUUCUGAAGAAUCGCCACCCCCACUUUUGGGGCGGUAGUCUGAGGCUUUUCUCCCCUUUUGUCGUCACAGCAGCUUCUAUAAACAAUGAGCUGGUGCCCGCCGGCUGGACCAAACACUCUUCCACUAUAUACAUGAUCUAUCUGUUCGGGAUAUAAGGCAGUUUAUCAACAAGAUGGCUACGGAACACUUGGAAAUGAACGGGGAUGCUGACCCAAACGGCGAGGCGGAGGUACCGUUGCGAGACCCAUGGAGGAGGCAACCGAGACCCCUGAACAUGAACCAUUAUGCCAAUAAGAAGAGUGCAGCAGAAAGCAUGCUGGACGUGGCUCUACUGAUGGCUAAUGCUUCACAGCUGAAGGCUGUGCUGCAGCAAGGACCAGACUCCAACUUCUAUGUGCCCCUCAUUACUUUUAUUAGCAUCUCUCUCAUCCUACAAGUCGUGGUGGGAGUUAUGCUCAUCUUCAUAGUUAAGUGGAACCUGAAUGACGAAAGCAUGCACUACAAGCUGAACAUCAUGGAAAAUGUUGCCACAGCCUUUGUCUUUGUAAUCGUCGUCAUCAACGUCUUCAUCACAGCCUUCGGUGUCCAGCAGCCCAUCCCAAGUGCUUAAUCACCUGCUACAUGACCUACUAAGCCUACUGAUCGACUCAGUAAAGAUGGACCUCCACAUUAUUUAUAAAAAUGGACAGGAUAUGUAUUCACCAGAUUCAAUAGCAUGCAGGUGCCUUUGCUGUUCUGUAAGUCAAUCUCCCAAGCUUGAGGAGGCCCAACGUACCCCGCGGAUCAAGUGACAUUGUCUGCUGUGGCUGUGUGUGUGUGUGUGUGUGUGUAUGUGUGUGUGUGUGUGUGUGUGUGUGUGUGUUAAAGGCAUUCCCUUCUUCACCAACUAUGACUGUGGACAAAUGUGUCGUCAGUUUUCAUUUGAUGUGGUGCAAUUCUCCCCUUUGUUACCUCUUAUCAUGCUCAGGUUGCUGAUGCAAAUAAAUGAUUGCCUUUACUUAGAAAACAAACAUAUUAGGAGCAAUAUACUGUGUAUCACUCACAACCACUGUUAAUGUUUCCUGGGGAAAAACAAACAAACAAACGUUCUACUGUUAUUUGGAAGUUUAAAUUUGUCAGUAUCUGUCAGAAUAAGCCUAAUGUAUGUGUACUGAAAAGAAGAAAACGUAACAGUCACCACAGCAUAAUCCAAAUGAAAUUGCAACAGGAUCCAUUUUGGCUCUACUGCUGAUCAAGGUAUUACCCAACAGCUUCAUUAUGGGGCAAAUAUAUUGUUUUACAGCGUUUUAAACCUCAUCCAAUGAAGUGGACCUUUGUUUUUUUAAGUUCUAUGCAAAGUCUAGUAAUGUAAUGUUUAAACUGAUUUACACGAAUAUAUCUUUUAGUGUAUGUAUGUGUUUAUUUUUAAAAGACUUAUUUUUAAAGGACCAAAAAAAUGUUCCUUAGCUUUCGCUAAAUUAUCUUGUUUUACACAUUAUGACUACUAUUUUGAAUAAAUUUAUAAA